AACUCCACGGUGAAAAAUCUCGUUCUCGGCAAUUUCUCGGGAGAUUUUUAAAUUUUGAGGUUUUUCUCCCUAUAAAUACCAAGUCUUUUAGGUUUAGGGUUUCCUGUUUACAGCUCGAAGCGGAAGACGAUCAGACGCUCUCUCUCCAUCGCUCUCCAGAAAUGGAUUCACAGGUUAAGCUGGCAGUUGUGGUGAAGGUGAUGGGGCGGACUGGAUCUAGGGGUCAGGUGACCCAAGUUAGGGUCAAGUUUCUGGACGAUCAGAACCGUCUGAUCAUGAGGAACGUGAAGGGACCUGUCCGGGAAGGCGACAUUCUCACCUUGCUGGAGUCGGAGCGUGAGGCAAGGAGGCUUCGGUGAUUGCCCUUAUUUGGUGUGUGCGCCCCUCCGUUUAUCCCAUGGCUUGCUGGAAUUUUGGUACUUCUUAUGGUUGCAUUCCUAUAUAUUAGUAGAGCAUUUGGAGGGAAAAUUAUCCUCUUUUGAACACGAACAGGUAUCAGUCUGUUUCAGUUUUGAAUAUUUGUUUUUCCUUUUCUUUCUAAAGGAUUCAGUUUGAAUUUUUGUUGACAAUAGCAAUGCGGUUUUAAUAUUACUAGUGUGACAUGUUUGCAUUGA